AUGUUCAAAGAGGCUGGUAGAAUAGAAGAUGUCCUUCGCAAUCCUGGUUUUGCAAGAACACUACUACUUGGAAGGUUUGACAGCAAUGCAACAGAUCCACAAGAUCGAGAUCUUACGUAUAUAGACUACCCAAAUAGAUACGUGUGGGAUGCUAGAUCAAAGGAAUGGGGACAAAGAGUUUUAGAAUCUUCAAAAAGUAUAGGUAGGCUUGUGUUUGUCCAUCCAUCUUCGGGAGAGUUAUUCUAUAUUCGAAUGUUACUCUGUCAUCAAAAAGGAUGCACAUCUUAUGAAGAUGUUCGUACGGUGCAUGGUCAUCUUCAUCCAACUUUUCGAAGUGCAUGUAACGCACUAGGGUUAAUAGGUGAGGACAUGGAAUGGCUGACGGCCUUCAUUGAAGCUUCAUCAUGGGCUACUUCUUCACAGUUACGUUCCCUCUUCUGUCAUCUACUGCUUUUUUGUGAUGUAAGUAAUCCACAAUCACUUUGGGAUGUUGCAUGGCGGAAGAUGAUAGAUGAUUACUUGCUUAAACUAAAAACCGAGUUCCCAGAUAAACGAUUUCAUAUGAAUGAUGAUAUAGUGCAGCAACAACUGCUUUUUGAACUAGAAAAUGCACUCCGAUCUUCUACACCUUCUAGAUCGUUAGCUAACUUCCAUUUACCCGUGACAAAUCCGGAUACUAUUGUAGUCCUGGAAAAUCGUCUCUUGCUAGAAGAGUCAAGUUAUGAUAAGGAGUCCUUGCAACACCAACACUCACAAAUGUUUCUACAAUUAAAUGAAGAUCAGAUGCGUAUUUAUAAGACCGUUGUCAAAUCCGAAGAAAACAAAAAACAGGUGUUGCUUUUUGUGUACGGACAUGGCGGGACUGGAAAGACAUUUUUAUGGACUACAUUACUUGCAUACUUCAGGUCUAUUGGGAAAAUCGUUCUUGCAGUGGCUGCUUCGGAAAUUGCAUCUCUACUUUUGCCUUCUGGAAGAACUGCUCACUCACGGUUUAACAUCCCAAUCAAUUUGGCUGAAAAAAAAUCAUGUGACAUCAAGAAAAGGACAUUACUUGGAGAUUUGCUCAAACGGACAUCCCUCAUUAUAUGGGACGAGGCACCGAUGAGCGACCGUCGAUGUUUUGAGUACCUCGAUCGAUCUCUUAGAGAUGUGUUGGAGUGUGAAAAACGACCUUUUGGUGGCAUUUCAGUUUUACUUGGUGGUGAGUUCCGUCAAACACUUCCAGUUUCCCCAAAAAGUUCCCGAACUGAGAUUAUUGCAUUAACCCUUCCAAAUUCAUACUUGUGGUCAUAUUUUGAGGUCUGUACACUGCAUCACAACAUGCGCUUAACACAGACUACCACUGAUGUAAGUGAGGGUCUAUCCAUAGUUGCUUUCGCUGACUGGCUGCUUAACAUUGGGAAUGGAACUUUAGGUGUGCCAGAUGCAGACAAUCCACAUACUACAACCUGGGUAGAAAUACCACCUUCGCUUUUAAUACCAAUAGAUAGUGAGUCUUUGAAAAACCUAAUCCUCUUUGUCUAUGGAAAUAGACUGCUGGACAAUCCCUCACCAUCCGAUCUAUCUGUAAGGGCUAUUGUUUGUCCCACAAAUGACAUUGCUGACAAGUUAAACGUAAUAAUUCUGGAAAUGGUAAAGACCGAUGAAAGGGUUUAUAAAAGUACAGAUGCUAUGCAACCUAAUGGCAAAUAUACAUCAGAGUUAGAGGGUUUAUAUCCCAUUGAAUAUCUAAAUCAGCUAACCUUUGCUGGAAUCCCACCUCACACUCUCAAGCUGAAAAUAAAAGAUCCUAUUAUGUUGCUGAGAAACAUUAACCAGAGGGAAGGUUUGUGUAAUGGCACACGAGACAUGACUAACAUAUCUGACCUGAAGUAUGCAUGCGAGGGAGGAGCAUUACAGGUGCGAAUUCUGCACAAAUGGAAACCACAGUACCGUCGGUAUGAAACAUGGUAUCUCGGUGUGGACAAAUACGGAGAUGCUAUACAGAUUCUGGGACAAAGAACAAAUCAGGGGUACAUAGAAUCAAUUUUCCAUAUCUCUAACUGCUACACAAUAUCAGAGUACACCUGUCCCUAUUUAGACGAGUAUCAGAAAGUUCUAGAAAACGAAAUCUAUAUGGAUGUUGGCCUGAUUUCCAUAAUUGUUCCUCUUCCUGACACUGUCACAAUCCUUGCAACCUGGUUCCGAUUUGCCUCGAAAACAGAUCUCCUCAACUUAGGUGAAAACCCGUCGUAUUAUCCAGAUUUCAUUGGCGUGCUAAAAAAAAUGAGAAAUUGCACAAAGCGUAAUGGAGAAGAAUUCGUUCUUCUAAUUCUUGCAGACGAAAGUGGUGAUGAAAUAGCGAUCAGUUUACGGAAAGAGUGUAUUGAUGUUCGUGAGAAAUUCAGACUUGAAGAGUUGGCAACCCCUCCUGCGACAACAGUUGUUGCCAUUACAAAUAUAAAGCCUUCAUCAAUACACAUAGCAGGUACUUUAAGGUUCGGAUCAUCACCUGCCACACACGUAUAUGUCAAUCCCCCCAUCCAGGAGACAACACUUCUAAUCCACAGCUUCACUGGCCCUACACCCCCAACCUCCACAGCAUCUGGACCACUAACAACACUGCAUGAGCUAAACAACAAGAUUCAUAGUGAACUGGUGGAUAAAAUAUUCAAUGUAAAAGCUACACUGACAACAAUCACAUUCAAAGACUGCUGGUUCCAAGUACUAUGCACAACUUGCAAAGAUCCGAUUUUCAGGAAAAGCAAUUACUGGAGUUGCAGUGCUCACGGAAAAACAGCCUCACCCAUAUUCCUGUAUAAACUAAUUACAACUCUGACGGAACCAACGGGCUUUCUAACUACAAUCAUGACCGAUGGCGCGGCUCAAAAACUAAUUGGUGCUACACCAGAAAAACUAAUGACUGAUGAUCAUGAAAGUAAUAAAAAGCUCCCACCAACACUUAUCAAUGAUCACGAGGGCACAUCAAAGACCAUGUCAAUCCAAAUGCUAAAAGGCUCUACAACUGAAAACAUUCGUUUCAUAAUCGUUGACAUACAUGAAGUAACCAUGGUUAAUCAGUCAGUCGCACCGGUCACACCAACACAAGUUUCAACAACUACAACGACAACAACACCAAUCACUCCAGCAGACCUUCAAGGUUCCGCAAAUGUUGAAAUCAAUCCUAUACUUGGAAUGGCAUCUACAACAUCACAAACAUCACACACAGCAAGAACAUUGACAUACGACACCGCUGCUGAAUCUGUACUAAAGAAACAACCGAAGCGAGGACGUAGAGCAGAGUAA